GGUGGUAAGAUGGCGGCUGUGAGUCUGCGGCUCGGCGAUUUGGUGUGGGGAAAACUAGGCCGGUAUCCUCCUUGGCCAGGAAAGGUGAGUGUCUUGCUACUGAAGGAAGACAUCUGAAGUUGUGUUUGAAGACGUGGAGAAUAUUGUUAAUCCACCCAAGGACUUGAAGAAACCACGUGGGAAGAAAUGCUUCUUUGUGAAGUUUUUUGGAACAGAAGAUCAUGCCUGGAUCAAAGUGGAACAGCUAAAGCCAUAUCACGCACAUAAGGAGGAAAUGAUCAAGAUCAACAAGGGAAAACGGUUCCAGCAGGCCGUGGAUGCCGUGGAGGAGUUCCUCAGGAGAGCCAAAGGGAAAGACCAGACGUCAUCCCACAAUUCUGCUGAUGACAAGAAUCGGCGUAAUUCCAGUGAGGAGAGAAGUAGGCUGAGCCCAGGCGAUGAGAAGCGCAAGCUUAGCGUGUCUGAAGGGAAGGCGAAGAAGAACAUGGGAGAAGGAAAGAAGAGGGUGUCUUCAGGCUCUUCAGAGAGAGGCGCCAAGUCCCCUCUGAAAAGAGCCCAAGAGCAGAGUCCCCGGAAACGGGGUCGGCCCCCAAAGGAUGAGAAGGAUCUCACCAUCCCGGAGUCUAGCACUGUGAAGGGGAUGAUGGCUGGGCCCAUGGCCGCGUUUAAAUGGCAGCCGACUGUGAGUGAGCCUGUUAAAGAUGCAGACCCUCAUUUCCAUCACUUCCUGCUCAGCCAGACCGAGAAGCCGGCCGCCUGCUACCAAGCAAUCACAAAGAAGUUGAAAGUCUGUGAAGAGGAGACCGGGUCCACCUCCAUCCAGGCAGCAGAUAGCACGGCCGUGAAUGGCAGCAUCACACCCACGGACAAAAAGAUAGGAUUUUUGGGCCUUGGCCUCAUGGGAAGUGGCAUCGUCUCCAACUUGCUAAAAAUGGGUCACACAGUGACUGUGUGGAACCGGACUGCAGAAAAAUGUGAUUUGUUCAUCCAGGAGGGGGCCCGCCUAGGAAGAACCCCCGCUGAAGUCGUUUCAACCUGUGACAUCACUUUUGCCUGCGUGUCGGAUCCAAAAGCAGCCAAGGACCUGGUGCUGGGCCCCAGUGGUGUGCUGCAAGGGAUCCGCCCUGGGAAGUGCUACGUGGACAUGUCAACAGUGGAUGCCGACACAGUCACCGAGCUGGCCCAGGUGAUUGUGUCCAGGGGGGGCCGCUUUCUGGAAGCCCCGGUCUCAGGGAAUCAGCAGCUGUCUAAUGAUGGGAUGUUGGUGAUCUUAGCAGCCGGAGACAGGGGCUUAUAUGAGGACUGCAGCAGCUGUUUCCAGGCAAUGGGGAAGACCUCCUUCUUUCUAGGUGAGGUUGGCAACGCGGCCAAGAUGAUGCUGAUCGUGAACAUGGUCCAGGGGAGCUUCAUGGCCACCAUCGCUGAGGGGCUGACCCUGGCCCAGGUGACAGGCCAGUCCCAGCAGACUCUCUUGGACAUCCUCAAUCAGGGACAGCUGGCCAGCAUCUUUCUGGACCAGAAGUGCCAAAAUAUCCUGCAAGGAAACUUUAAGCCUGAUUUCUACCUGAAAUACAUUCAGAAGGAUCUGCGCUUGGCCAUUGCGCUGGGUGAUGCCGUCAACCAUCCCACUCCUAUGGCAGCUGCAGCCAAUGAGGUGUACAAAAGAGCCAAGGCACUGGACCAGUCUGACAACGACAUGUCCGCCGUGUACCGAGCCUAUAUACACUGAGCCCCCGGCCCCGCCCCCGCCCGCGACCCUCCCUCCGACUCGUCCUUCCUCACGUGGGGCCCGGGGUCCGGGGUCCUGGGACUCAGCUCCGGACCAGCCCGCCUGUCUCCGUGUCCUUUGUACAGACUUUGACACUUGCCGUCAGCACAGCACACAUCACUCCUGCCCCGAGGCCCUGGAGAGGGGGCGCCCCUGGCUGGGGGCUGUGUGUUCACACUCACACACCCACGCACGCACCCCGCAUACCGGCUCUCACCCCAGGAUAGAAGCUGCCCAGAAACUGGGGCCCAGCAUUUUUCUCCUUCUCCUGAGCUUGUCUUAGCUCAGACUCCUUCCAGCUGAGGAAUGGAGAUCAGCUGUGAGAACUGGCAGCCCUCCUACCGCUUCCCUCAGUGAAGGGCCGAGGGCACGUCCGCAUCCCCCGCCGAUCCCCGCAGGGAGGCCCUGGGCCAAGGGGAGCCAGCGCAGACUCCGAGCGGGGGGCCGAGCAGGGGUCCCGUGGGCCGUCCCGGCCGAGCCGCCGAUGAGCAGCCAGCUCCAUGGAUGCCCUUGCGAGCUGAGAGACUGGCAGAGCCCAGCCGAGAGCGGGCAGGCGGCCCGUAGGGGAGCCUCCCCGAGCCCGCUGCCCUUACCGCUCGCCAGCACCUGUCCAGCAGCCGCCGGCCCUUCGGCCCCGGGCUGGGAUCCGACUUGCCUGAUGCAGUGGGAGGGGAGCUCACGCCCCACCAGGCCGUCCCGUAUUUGGACUUGCAUUCCAGACCGUGGGAAGGCGCGCUGAGGGGUUCCUUCCUGUUUCCGUUAGGCCACAGACUCUUCGGGUUCGGAAGAGCCUCUCCGACCCGGGCUCCCGCACGGCGGUCCCACCUCCAGCUCGCCCCCAGCACGAGACCCCACACGCCGCCGCCUCUCCAGGCUCUUCCCCCCUCCUCGCGUGGAGACAGUGUUUCCCUCUGUCCCUUUGGCCCCAGACCCAGCCUGACGAGGACAAUUUCUUAGCUCAGCUCUUGAAGCAGGAAUGGGUGUCCCACCUGAGCCAGCAGCAUGGCCUUCGGUACUGCAAGGCCCCGGGCCUAGUCGGGGGGCCGGAGAGCCGGGCCUCACCGAGCCUGAGCCAGCGGGCCCCCAGAGGUGCGUCUGAGACCUGGAGACCCUGGCGUUUGCCCUGGCACGGGGGACCGCAGGGGCUUGGGACGUGGCGUGAGAACCAGAAGCCGCCCCAAGGACGUCGGCUGUUUCCCUCUGCCUUGGGUGGGGUUCCGAAGCCGCACUGUGCAGAAGGUCGGCAUUUACGAUGGAUACACCCAGCGAGGUGGCCGCGCCGUGUGGGCCCCUCCCCCUCAGCCUUGGCCCUCCGCUCAUCCGAACCCAGGUGAGGGCAUCUCGGAGGACGUGCGGUUCUGGCCGGGAAGAUUCCUGUGGGUUUUUGGCACAGUUAAUUUAACUGAGAUUUUGAAUUCUGUCUAAAUACAAAGCCUGUUCUAGUCCUGGCCGGAUGCCGGGGGGUGGGGGUGGGGGGAAAUUCUGUAAUGAACUUGGUUAGUCAAUGUUGUCUUAAUAUUGUCGACAAUUCUGUAAAGUUCCUUUUUAUGAAUAUUUUUGUUUAAGCUAUUUCACCUUUGUUUUGAAAUCCUUCCCUUCUAAGAAGAAAAUGUGACACUUGUGAAAAAGCUUGUAAGAAAGCCCCUCCUCCAUCACCCCCUUUUUUUCCUUUAAACCACCUUUAAAUGACAAAUCUAGGUAAUUAAGGUCGUGAAUUUUUAUUUUUGCUUUGUUUUUAAUGAUGUCUUUCAGAAUAGGAUUGUGUGGAAAUGUUUAAAUGGCAAAAAACAUGAUUUUUGUGCAAUUAACAAAAAGCUACUGCAAGCAAAAUAAACCGUUUCUUGGUAA